AUGGAAGCAGGAGACAACCAACAACAGAGAGCUUCGGUCGGGAGUAGCAGGGACUUUGAGGAAGCGCCACAAUCACAAACCGACCUACAUGUAGCAUGGACUCUGGAAGAAGCUGCAAGAGCAGAGGCCCUGAAGCUGCGGGGGUUCGAUGAUGAUGAUGUAAACAACACCUGCGAACCCGUGGUGGAACCAGAGGUGGACAUCGAGAAACAAGAAAGUACGAUUGGUAUCAAGGAUGCAGAAGCAGCACGGACAGCUCCUCAAAGACUGGCUUUGGAAGAAGCAUCCAGAGCUGAACUCCUGAAGAUACAAACAUUCGAUGGCGGGGACAACAGCACCAACAACCCUGUGAUCCGCCCAGAGAGGGACAUUGAGAAUCAAGAGCUUUCCGUUCAAAUAAGAGAUAACGAGGUACAAACAGCUCAGCAAAGGACGGCUCUGGAAGAAGCAGCCAGGGCCGAGGCCCUGAAGAUACAAACAUUUCAUGACAAGGGCAACAGCCCCGCAGCAAAAUCCAAGAACCAAGACCAAGCCUUGGCUUUGGAAGAGGCGGCCAGAGCCGAGGCUCUUAAACUACAAACAUUCUUGGAUAGCAACAACAAGACAAAUACCCCGGGGGAAAUUGAUGUGGACGAUUUUUGUCUUGAUAUCGACCACCAGAAAGGACAGCUAUCCAUCAAUUCUGGGGACGCCAAUGUGUCGUCACCGAAUGCAGACAAAGCACUGGCAUUGCUAGAAGCUGCACACGCAGAGGCUCUGAAAAACGAAAGGCUCUUGGACAGCGCGGCAUCAACGACAGGAAAAGCCGGCAUAGUUCUCCAUGGGAGUGAGAAUGCUGGAGAUGGGACCAACUCAGCCACCCUACCAACUCCUGGCAUGGCACGGGCGCGUCCACGUCCUACCAGUCGUCCGGGAGCAAUUGCUGUGAGUGGACCUGGACUUGAAGACCUGUCACCGCCAGUGGAAGGAGGCAAUCAGCUGGAAGAUGUUGAGAGCCCACCACCCCCAAUCAAUGACAGCAAUGAUGAGGGUCUGGUAGAAGCUCAGCGCAUAAACGAAAGUCAACAGUUCCUCUUGCAAGCCAUGCCUGUGAGGGAAAGCAAAAUACUAGACAACAGCAGCAACAACAGGAGCAGGGACAAAAAAACAUUAGCCAUGCUUGGUGGCAUGUUCCUGUUGGUGGUGAUUGUGUCAGUUGUGGUUGUAGUUUUGGUAGUGUCCAAUAAGCCAUCGGACGAGGACACCAACAGCAGCACCACCACGACAAAUAAUGAAACCAUGGCUCCAACUCCUACUCCUUACAUCAUCAAUCUACCUGACUAUACCCUGGAUGUGUUAAACAAGGAUGUUGAUGGGGCAACCCCACAGUAUCAAGCAUACCAAUGGUUGACUGAGGGUCCCAAUCUGGAGAGCUACUCGCAAGAGCGUCUUCUGCAGAGAUUUGCUUUGGCGUGCCUCUAUUACAGCACCAAAGGUGAUGGGUGGUAUAAAGGAGCACAAACUGAAACAGCAAUACCCAGCAACAGCAACAACACUGGUUCUAAUGGAAAUUCUAGCCAACGGCUGUUGCACCUGGACGGAAGAAAUACAGCGAAAAGGUACCAUUAUCCCGAAAGUUAUCUGCGAAAGACGCCCCGAUCCAUGAUUGAAAUAGAAUCUCCAAAACUCCCAGAAGAUAGUCCCGACCCUACUCUAAGUGGUGGACCUUGUGGUGGUGGCCCCCCAGCUGGAGGUCCCCCCGCUGGUGGACCACCAGGAGGAGGACCGCCAGGUGGAGGACCGCCGGGUGGAGGACCGCCAGGAGGAGGACCGCCGGGAGGAGGCCUACCACCCGAUGGCUCUUGUGGACAGGGCGUGUCACCACCUCGACCCAUUUUGGGGCAAUCGACAGGUGGAGGAUCUGCUUGGCUUUCCUACUCUGAUGAUGAGUGCGAUUGGUUCACAGGCAACCCACCUGGCUCGGCUACAUGUGACGAGGAUGGGAUGUAUGUCCGUCUCAACCUCUCAGCAAAUAAUCUGGAAGCGGCUGCUUUACCCCGGGAACUGGCUCUUUUGUCUCAUCUGAAACUGGUGAUAUUACAAAACAAUGACAAACUGGGUGGCACGCUACAUGGUGUUUGGUUUGAAAGCUGGUAUCAAAUCAAUGUCCUGAACAUUGAACAUUCAUCAUUGAGGGGAACUAUUCCACAUGAGAUAGGACUCUGCAACAAUUCGCUCGUCGAGUUGGUACUGAUGAAGAACGAAAUGACAGGGGUUUUGCCAGCAUCCCUCUUCCGCUUGACACGGCUUGACAGUCUGAGGUUGGGGCGCAACCAAUUUUCAGGCAGCCUUCCUGGUAGUAUCAUACCUGGCCUGGAGAGUCUGAGGGAUUUUGUGCUGGAUUCCAGCAACUUUGACGGCAGUAUUCCAACAGAAAUUGGACUGAUGACCAAUUUGAGGAUUUUUUCCACCCAUGAGAAUUCUUUUUCUGGUACAAUCCCAUCUGAAAUAGGACGUUUGACAAACUUGGUGCAUUUAACUUUGGGUGAUGAGUUGGAAGGAAUCAUUCCUAGUGAGCUUGGAUUGUUGCGCCUUGGUGGUUUCAGUGUUCGACACAAUGAACGGCUAUCGGGAACCAUCCCGGAGGAACUGGGGAGUCAAUCGAUUCAACACUUAUAUUUGGAUGGGACAAAUCUGACAGGUGCCAUACCUGACCCAUGGUGCAAUUCAUCCAUUCUGGCUGUUGAUUGCUCGCAGCUUUGUGGCUGUGAUUGUCCCUCUUGUGACCUGAAUGUUGACUUUGCUAUGCUGUACACCUUUUACUUGGACGUACACCAGAGCUCCAGAUCUAGCUAA